AUGGCUGACAGCCCGGCGACGUUAAAGAUGCUGCAACGUUUUUUCGAGGGCAUCCAUUACUUGAUAAUCGACGAGAAAAACAUGCUCGGGCUUCAAACUUUCGGUUGGAUAAACAGGCGUCUCGGGGAGAUCUUUCCGCACCGCCGCGACGAAUAUUUCGGAGGGUUAAACGUUAUUAUCAUCGGCGACUUCUUUCAACUGCCUCCAGUUUUGCAAAAACCGCUGUUCGCGGUAGGCGGCACCUUAAAAAAAGAUGAGAUAGUCGGGAGAAACGCUUACCAGUCAUUUACGCAUUUCGUUUUCUUAGAUACCAUAUUACGCCAGCAAGGUGAAAAGCAAGCCGCUUUCAGACAAGCGCUCCAGGAGCUACGUGUGGCUAAGACGACGACUGCGUCGUGGGAGCUGCUAGCUUCCCGGUGCGCGGUGAAGCUCCCUCCGGAAGAGGUUGAGCGAUUUGCUAAAGCGCCGAGGAUAUACCCUUUAAAAAAGCAGGUUAACGCUUAUAAUCAAAAGCGCAUGAUGGAUCUGGCCGCUGCCGUAAUCCACGUCGAGGCGACGAAUGACGGUCCCAAAGCCGCGCAGGUAGAUUCCCAAGCUGCCGGAAACCUAUCGAAAUCCUUCCCCAUCUGUAUCGGAUGCAGGGUCAUGAUAACCCGGAAUAUUUGGAGCUGGGCGGGCUUGGUUAACGGUGCUCAAAGCCACGUUUAUGAUAUAUCGUGGGCCGAAAGAGCAGACGUGAGCCGGGACCCCCCGGAGGCUAUAAUGGUGGUUUUUGAUAAAUAUAAAGGCCCGCCUUUCACCCUUCCCGAUGGUAGCGAGCUCCGUAACGACCACGGCAACCCUGUUAUUCCUAUCGAACGUGUGCGCCAGGAGUUUACCAUCCGCGGGGCAAGCUGUUCCAGGCUUCAGUUCCCUCUAAUGAUUUCUUAUGCUGUUACUGUUCAUAAGUCGCAAGGUCUUACUUUGGAAAAGGUCGUCUGCAAUAUCUCUAAACCCGAAUUCGCUUCGGGUUUAUCGUAUGUUGCGGUAUUGCGGGUCUCUAAUUUGUUUGGCUUGAUGUUCGACUGCCCGUUUAGCCGUAACCGUAUAUACCACGAAGUUCCACUACAUUCGAUGCAAAUGAGGCUUGAUGACGAUGAAAGAAGACGGCAGCAACGGUUGGAAGAGCCUUUGUACGUGCUUGAGUUGUAA